CGGCGGCCGCGGCACAGGCGCCGGCGCUCCCGGCGGCCCCGCAGUCCGGCCCAGGAGCGCGCCCACCCAUGGCCCUCGGGCCGCCACCCCUGCGCCCAGCCCCGAGCGCAGCCGCCGCCACCGCCGCUCGCCCAGGGCCAGCGUAGCCCCCGACUGGGGCGCGAUGCCGAACGCCUCCGGCCUGGACAGAGCUCUUAAGAUGUCCCUGCCCCGAAGGUCGAGGAUCCGCUCGUCCGUUGGACCUGUUCGUCCUUCUUCGGGCUACAAGAAGGCAGAGGAUGAGAUGUCCCGGGCCACGUCUGUUGGAGACCAGCUGGAGGCACCAGCCCGCACCAUUUACCUCAACCAACCGCAUCUCAACAAAUUCCGUGACAACCAGAUCAGUACGGCCAAGUACAGCGUGUUGACGUUUCUACCUCGAUUCUUGUAUGAGCAGAUUAGAAGAGCUGCUAAUGCCUUCUUCCUCUUCAUUGCCUUAUUACAGCAAAUUCCAGACGUAUCUCCAACAGGAAGAUAUACCACCCUGGUGCCAUUGAUCAUUAUUUUAACAAUUGCAGGCAUCAAAGAGAUUGUAGAAGAUUUUAAGCGGCAUAAGGCAGACAAUGCAGUGAACAAAAAGAAAACAAUAGUGUUAAGAAAUGGUAUGUGGCAUACCAUUAUGUGGAAAGAGGUGGCGGUGGGAGACAUUGUGAAGGUCGUCAAUGGGCAGUACCUCCCAGCAGACAUGGCCCUGCUGUCCUCCAGUGAACCUCAGGCAAUGUGUUACGUCGAAACAGCUAAUCUAGAUGGGGAGACAAACCUUAAAAUACGUCAGGGUCUGAGUCACACUGCCGACAUGCAAACAAGGGAAGUAUUGAUGAAGUUAUCUGGAACUAUAGAAUGUGAGGGACCCAACCGCCAUCUCUAUGACUUCACUGGAAACUUGCACAUAGAUGGGAAAAGCCCUGUUCCCCUUGGGCCUGACCAGAUCUUAUUAAGAGGUACACAGCUUAGAAAUACUCAGUGGGUCUUUGGCAUAGUUGUUUAUACUGGACACGACACCAAACUCAUGCAGAAUUCCACAAAAGCACCCCUCAAAAGAUCGAAUGUUGAGAAAGUGACUAAUGUGCAGAUCCUGGUGUUGUUUGGCAUCCUCUUGGUCAUGGCCUUGGUGAGCUCGGUGGGGGCCCUGUACUGGAAUGGGUCUCAAGGUGGAAAGAACUGGUACAUCAAGAAGAUGGACACAACCUCGGAUAAUUUCGGAUAUAACUUGUUGACAUUCAUCAUCUUGUACAACAAUCUUAUUCCCAUCAGUCUGUUGGUGACCCUCGAGGUUGUGAAAUACACUCAAGCCCUUUUUAUAAACUGGGACACAGACAUGUAUUAUCUAGGAAAUGACACUCCUGCAAUGGCCAGAACCUCAAACCUUAAUGAAGAGCUUGGGCAGGUGAAAUACCUAUUUUCUGAUAAAACUGGAACUCUCACAUGCAAUAUCAUGAACUUCAAGAAGUGUAGCAUUGCUGGAGUAACCUAUGGUCAUUUUCCAGAAUUGACAAGAGAACCAUCGUCAGAUGAUUUUUGCCGGAUACCUCCUCCCCCUAGUGACUCAUGCGACUUUGAUGACCCCAGGCUCUUGAAGAACAUUGAAGAUCAUCAUCCCACAGCUCCGUGCAUACAGGAGUUCCUCACGCUCCUGGCUGUGUGCCACACCGUUGUCCCUGAGAAGGAUGGAGAUAACAUCAUCUACCAGGCUUCCUCCCCAGAUGAAGCUGCGUUGGUGAAGGGAGCUAGGAAGCUGGGCUUUGUCUUCACAGCCAGAACGCCAUACUCGGUCAUCAUAGAAGCAAUGGGACAGGAACAGACAUUUGGAAUCCUUAACGUCCUGGAAUUUUCUAGUGACAGAAAAAGAAUGUCUGUGAUUGUUCGGACUCCUUCAGGCCAACUUCGGCUCUACUGUAAGGGGGCUGAUAAUGUCAUUUUUGAGAGACUCUCAAAAGAUUCAAAAUACAUGGAGGAAACACUGUGCCAUCUGGAAUAUUUUGCCACGGAAGGCUUGAGGACUCUGUGUGUGGCUUAUGCCGACCUCUCUGAGCAUGAGUAUGAGGAGUGGCUGAAAGUCUAUCAAGAAGCCAGCACGAUACUGAAAGACCGAGCUCAGCGGUUGGAAGAGUGCUACGAGAUCAUAGAGAAGAAUUUACUGUUACUUGGAGCCACAGCCAUAGAAGAUCGCCUUCAGGCAGGCGUUCCAGAAACCAUAGCAACUCUACUGAAGGCAGAAAUUAAAAUCUGGGUGUUGACAGGAGAUAAACAAGAAACUGCAAUUAAUAUAGGAUAUUCCUGCCGGUUGGUAUCACAGAAUAUGGCCCUUAUCCUGUUGAAGGAAGAUUCUUUGGAUGCAACAAGGGCAGCCAUUACACAGCACUGCACUGACCUUGGCAAUCUGUUGGGCAAGGAGAAUGACGUGGCCCUCAUCAUCGAUGGCCACACCCUGAAGUACGCGCUCUCCUUUGAAGUCAGGAGAAGCUUCCUGGACUUGGCGCUCUCCUGUAAAGCGGUCAUAUGCUGCAGGGUGUCUCCUCUGCAGAAGUCUGAAAUAGUGGACGUGGUUAAGAAGCGGGUAAAGGCCAUCACCCUCGCCAUUGGGGAUGGUGCCAACGACGUUGGGAUGAUCCAGACAGCUCACGUGGGUGUAGGAAUCAGUGGGAAUGAAGGCAUGCAGGCAACCAACAACUCGGAUUAUGCCAUUGCACAGUUCUCCUACUUGGAGAAGCUGCUGCUGGUCCAUGGCGCCUGGAGCUACAAUCGUGUGACCAAGUGUAUCCUGUAUUGUUUCUAUAAGAACGUGGUUCUCUACAUUAUCGAGCUUUGGUUCGCCUUUGUUAAUGGAUUUUCUGGGCAGAUUUUAUUUGAACGUUGGUGCAUCGGCUUGUACAAUGUGAUUUUCACUGCACUACCACCCUUCACGCUGGGAAUCUUCGAGAGGUCUUGCACCCAGGAGAGCAUGCUCAGGUUCCCACAGCUCUACAAAAUCACCCAGAAUGCAGAAGGCUUCAACACAAAGGUUUUCUGGGGUCACUGCAUCAACGCCUUGGUCCACUCCCUCAUCCUCUUCUGGUUUCCCAUGAAAGCGCUGGAGCAUGAUACUGCAUUGGCCAGUGGCCAGGCCACAGACUAUUUAUUUGUUGGAAAUAUUGUUUACACGUAUGUUGUUGUCACUGUGUGUCUGAAAGCUGGUUUGGAGACCACAGCAUGGACUAAAUUCAGUCAUCUGGCUGUCUGGGGAAGCAUGCUGAUCUGGCUGGUGUUUUUUGGUGUCUACUCAACCAUCUGGCCCACCAUUCCCAUUGCUCCAGAUAUGAAAGGACAGGCGACAAUGGUCCUGAGCUCUGCACACUUCUGGCUGGGAUUAUUUCUGGUGCCCACAGCGUGUUUAAUGGAAGAUGUAGCCUGGAGAGCGGCCAAGCAUACCUGCAAAAAAACAUUGCUGGAGGAGGUACAGGAGCUGGAGACGAAGUCCAGAGUGAUGGGGAAGGCGAUGCUUCGGGACAGUAAUGGAAAGAGGAUGAAUGAACGUGACCGCCUACUGAAGAGGCUCAGCCGGAAGACACCCCCCACUCUCUUCCGGGGAGGCUCCAUCCAUCAGUGUGUCCCCCACGGGUAUGCCUUCUCUCAAGAAGAGCAUGGAGCUGUUACUCAGGAAGAAAUCGUCCGUGCUUAUGACACCACCAAAAAGAAACUGAGGAAGAAAUAAGAUGUGAGUCCUCCUGAUUGAUCCCAGGAAAGAGAUGCGGUUUGUCACACCCAGUGUUAACACAUCUCUGUCAGAAGAGACUGGUGUCAGCAGCCAAAACACCAUAAAACCCAUUUCUGUGGCCUUAGCCAACCAGUUUGUUAGUUCCACGUUCCCUCGCAAACCUGGAGUAGAUCCCACAGGGGAAGCCAUGUUGUUCCCUUCCAGUUCGUCCGCAGUGCUUGGCCUGACUUCUGUUUAUGUUGUUCUGAAGCAUUCAGCUGUGCUCUGUGAGGUGUGAAAUUAAAAACGUUAUGUUCCACCAAUAUUUAAACAUCAGUACUAGUUGUUCUGGGAGAAAGGUGAGAGUUUUAUGUUGCGUGAGAAACCUGCCUUGCGAAAUUGGAGCGGGGGCACGCUUCCUUCCUGUUUUGUUCACUCACAGAGGAUGUCCGCCAGGCAGCAUGUAAACGCCACUGUAGGCAGGUUGAUGUCUUGCUUGGUUCUGAUUCCUCUCUUGUUUGUAUGAAGUGGGCAUACACUUCUUGAUGGCAGUGAAAUCCCCAAAAUGUCUGUUAUCAGGCUGGUAACCCUGAGAAGGCGUCUCUGAACCUCUUAGCCACACUCCCGGCAGGGCAGGCGGGCCACUGUUCGAGCAUCCUCCCGCUCCCUUCCUAGGUGCCUUCUGGGCUGUCCCGGCUUCCUGCGUCUCGGACCUCCUGCAUGGCUGACCGCUGUGCUCAGCGCAUGGCAGCUGGUACGCAACCAGCCCAACCGUGCACUAUUUCUUGUCCUAGCACAGACUCAGAUAUGGAUGCAAGAAAUCUCACCUGCCACCACCCUUGUCCUAGAACUAAAGAAAAGAAGCCUAGCUAUUUGUGCAUAUUCUAAAUGUUUAUCUUGCUCUCCCAGGACAGGGAAGCCUGCAGGUCAGUGUGGGGUAGAAUGCUUCGGCGCUCCCUCUCUGGUCAGGCUUUCCAUACUCAUUCCCCAACCUCCAGGCCACUGAACCUUGGGCAUUCACUUCAGCGAGACCCACACGUGUUUUCUCGGGAGUUCAGACCCCAUUUUGGACUUUCCCUGCUGGGAAACCAAUGAAUGUGCAGCAUGUCUCCCCAGCGAAGGGAUGCACCUGUUGCUCUGUAACUCUAAAAUUAGGCAGGAUGAAUGAACCCAGUGGGAGAGUUGGGGCACCUGAGGCUGGUGGGGGAAGACCACCAUCAAAGGGGACAGCGAGAGGCAAGGAACACAGAGACCCGGGGAGGAGGACAGAGAGGACAUGUUAGCCAAGACUCCUCAGUGGACAUCGAAAUCAAGCCCUGAAUCCCAGGCAGUUGUGAUAAUGCGUGCAGGAGGCUAAACAAGACGCUGGCACACAGUUUUAAGCAGCAAGACUUCCAGACAUUUCAAGGAAAUGCCCUUUUCUGCAUGGAUGAGGUUCCCAUCCUUAUCCAGUCAGUGGUAGAUGCAGGCACCUCCGAAAAGAAAGUGUCCUGACUCUAAGAUAAGGAGAAGUGCUGCUUCACUGACUUGCCAAACUUCUGGGUCCCGCCUUCUAAAUUUGGACAGAACUUGCCUGCCCUCGGGCAUGAACACGAGCACCUGGAGCCCUUAAUGAAUGGCUAGCCUGGAGGCACGCUCCCUCCUCUGGGCCUUGCUUGCCAAACCAGG